UCCGCGCGAACGAGCAGAUCUCCACGCAGCGAGCAUCCAGAGAGUCGCGCAGCGCACCGACGGAGCGGAUAUGGGCAGAGCGAUGGUGGUCAGACUGGGGCUGGGGUUGCUGCUUCUGGCACUGCUCCUACCCACGCAGAUUUAUUGCAACCAAACAUCUGUUGCACCGUUUUCAAGUAACCAGAAUAUCUCUACUGCCCCAAAUCCAACCAAUGCCACCACCAGAGCAGGUGCCAGUGCCCUGCAGUCAACAGCUGGUCUUCUCGCCAUCUCACUUUCUCUCCUACAUUUCUACUGUUAGAGACUCAGGCCAAGAAAUGUCUCUACUUCCCCAUCUUCCAGACCCAGCCCAAAUGGUAACCACAAGUCCAGUGUGACCCGGAAGAAACAGGUCCACAUCAAAUCUACUAUUGCCGCACCUCAACAGAAAACAUUGAGAAUUGAUGUGAAGGGUAUUAUGACAGAUGAUGAACGCCAAUAUUAAAUCUGAUGGAGUUUUAUGUUCAAGAUGAAGAGAUAACAUCCAGUGUUGACGACGUGAUUUCCUUGAACGAGGCUUAAGAAAUGUGGACGCUUACUCUAUCUUUAAAUGAAGCAUAGGAUUUAUGUAGAGAUAAGGAUGGGAUGUGGGAUGAAGAUUUAGUUUUCAUUGGCUCAUUACCUGUGAGGCUAUAACACAGCUAGCUGAUAUUAAAGGUUUCUCUGAUGCUAUUUAUGUAUAUGUUGGAAGGAACUACCAGGUGUUACUUUAAAUCCUCAAUGUAUUGUUUCAUUACUACUAAUUUAAUAUGCUAAACUCUAGGUAAAGUUCCACAUUGUUGAGCUGUUCUCUUUGGAACUAAACAUUUUACCCCCUCCGGUGGCUUUAAGUUCAACAUUAUAUAUGACCUUUAUUAGUAAUUGUCAUGUGCCAGGCAACUAUGGAUUGGAAUCCACCCCCAAAUCCAGUCAUCACUGAAUAAAUCUUAUUUCAAAAGUCAAAUAGUAGGCAUUUUCCAUCAUCUUUUUUCACUCAACAAGAGUGCCAGGUUCACUUAACUGGUUCCAGACAGCAGAAUUACAUUGACCUCAGCCAACUUCAAUCACUGCUUUUUAUUUCUUCGUAUGUUGAGGGUUUUCAUGAUUUAAGGUGUGAUCUGUUAGGAAGGUAAAAUUAUGAAUCUUGAAAUCCUAAAGACAAAUAUGCAAAGGAGCC